CAUUCACUUCAAGUUCGUCAAACACAUACUGCGCGUUUUUCAAAGCUCUAUUGAUUAUUUUAUUAUUAAAAGAAAAGGAGAUCAGUGUAGCUGUAUCUGCAGUGUUUUUAAAAAAUGUUGCGUGCUAUACAAUACUCGUCUGCAAAUAAAUUAUUGCAAUUAGCAACUACAUCGUGUGUCAGAAAUGCCUCAAGCUCGCCACAAUGUGAGCCGAGCAAACCAAACAUUAGAACAGCUGUCCCCGGCCCAAAAACACUUCAACUCAGCGCCGAGUUGAAUCAACUUCAGCAAGCCGGCUCAGUGCAACUAAUAGGCGACUACGAGCGCUGCGUGGGCAACUACUUCGUGGACGUGGACGGCAACGAGUUCCUGGACGCUUUCACGCAGAUCUCGUCCAUCCCCGUCGGAUACAACCACCCGCAUCUGCUCACGGCGUUCGAGGAUCAGAAGAAUAUUAAAGCUCUAGUCAACCGGCCAGCGCUAGGCGUCUUCCCUGACAAGGAAUGGCCUCAGAAACUUCGAGACAUCCUUCUACCAGUGGCCCCAACCGGCCUCACCAACAUAUCCACCAUGAUGUGUGGCUCGUGCUCCAAUGAGAACGCGUAUAAGGCCGUCUUCAUCUGGUAUCGGAACAAGGAGCGGGGGACGGUCGAGUUCUCAGAAGAAGAGAUGCAGUCUUGCAUGAAGAACGCGGCGCCGGGCUCGCCGAAUCUGUCGAUACUGUCGUUUGUGGACGCAUUCCACGGGCGCACCUUCGGCUCUCUCUCCACGACUCGCUCGAAGGCCAUCCACAAGAUCGACGUGCCGGCCUUCGACUGGCCCGUGGCGCCCUUCCCCAAGUAUAGAUACCCACUGGACCAGUUUGAGAGGGAGAAUCAGGAGGAAGACGCCAGAUGCCUAGAAGAAGUGCAGGCGCGCAUCAACGAGUACAAGUCCCGGUGUCCCGUAGCGGGCGUGGUGGUGGAGCCCAUCCAGUCCGAGGGGGGGGAUAAUGAGGCGUCACCAAAGUUCUUUAGGGACCUGCAGAAGCUGUGUAAAGAGAACGGCAUAGCCCUCAUAAUCGACGAGGUCCAAACCGGGUGCGGCCCCACCGGCAAGAUGUGGGCCUACGAGCACUUCGAGCUGCCGUCGCCGCCCGACCUACUGACGUUCAGCAAGAAGAUGCUCACCGGGGGGUUCUACUUCAAGCCCGAGUUCAAGCCGCCGCAGGCGUACCGAGUCUUCAACACGUGGAUGGGCGACCCCAGCAAGCUCAUACUGCUGGAGAGAGUGCUGCAGGUGAUAAAGCGCGAGAACCUCCUCGACCGCGUGCAGAAGACCGGCGCAGUACUGAAGGGGGGUCUCCACGAGCUGGAGAAGGAGUUCCCUCAGCUAAUACACAGCGUGCGUGGGCGCGGCACCUUCCUGUCGUUCACGGCUAAAGAUAGUAGUGUGCGGGACCAGAUUAACAACGGAUUGAAGAAGAAUGGCGUCCUCGGCGGCGGCUGCGGCGAGGCGUCCAUCCGACUGCGCCCCUCGCUGGUCUUCGAGCCCAAGCACGCAAGCAUCUACCUCGACGUGCUCAGGAAAACACUCAAGGAGCUGUAAACUAUUCGGUGAAAAGAGGUACAAACCAUAGACGAGGAGGCCGGUUUUGAAAGACGCCAUUUUGAAUUUAGAAAUGUGAAAACGGUUACGGUUUUGACAUUUCGUUAAAGUUAGAGUAAUGUGACAGCUGUCAUUUAGAUGACAUUUAUAAAGUUUAAUAUUUUUGUAGACUUUAAAGCACGCCCGUUUACUUCACAUGCUGGAAUUGCACGUUAACACUUCAUGUAAUAUUAUGGAUGACUCUUAAGAAAAUUUAAAAUACCUCAUAAACGCUCUGAACCGGCCUCAGUAUCUACACUUUUAUGGAUAUAUUUACUCUAUGGUCUAUUUAUAAAUAGUACCUAAAUAUUAUAAUAAAAUUAUUAUACAAACAGAUGUACUUCUGCAGUAUUACGUAAGACAAGUAUUGCAUUUAGGAAUAAUUGAAUGCAUUUUUAGUGUAAUGAAAGCAAUUAAUUAUCUAUCUAUUGUAUACGUAUUUGUGGUUAAAUUUUAAUCUAAUUAAAGAUUUUAGGUCAAAGUAUAAAUUUACAUUUGAUUGUAAGUUAUAUUUGUUUAAAAGGUGCCAUUUUCUAUUGUUAUUUAAUUUGUAUAUCUUCUAGUCUCUCUUUUAUUUUAUGAAAAAUCAUGGUAUUUUGUAAUAGUAUUUUUUUUAUUUUAACUUGUAUUUAAUGAUCUCUUGCCAAUUAUUUAGGUGUAGUAAAUAUAUGUGGUUGUAAGAUGUAGUACGUAUAAAUAACUAUAUUUACUGUCUGCCUCACAAGUCUUCCAAUUAAAUGUUUUGGCUUAAAUUGUUAAAUAUAAGCGUUCCACAAGA